AAUAAAGUGAGAUAUAAAAUCAGAAUGGGAACAUUGAAAAACUCUAUGCAAUAGAUAAGACAAUAACUAUGAAAAGUGUAUCAUUAGUAACAUUGAUGUUGUGCACUAGUUCAGUGAUACUUGCACCAAUAACAGUUCCAGUUGACAAUCAUGUAACACCAUCAUACAGCUCAGCACAAACUGCUUAUGACGAUAUCAACGUGUCAGCUCGUCGACCAAAUUCCUUCUUUAAUCGUCUUCCGCCAUAUGCUAAUAAAAUAGAAGUUGAUGACAUUGUCGCUAACAACGAUAAUGAUUAUGAUGAUCAACAAACCGACAAGCCUGUGAUUAGCAACAGUAAUCAACAGCAUUACACUAACUACAACGAUUUCCUAAAUAAUUAUUUGUUAAACGAAAACAGAGUGAAGAAGAAAAAGAAGCGUGUUCGUCGUCCCUGUGUUCCUAUUCAGUCAGCUGGAUCGCCACUUUAUACAAAUCGCUUGAAGCGCGACAUUAAUUCAAAUGCGGAAGGUGGAAAAACUUUUGAUUUCUUUGGCUUGGGUUACUACGCGCCUGGUUAUUAUGGGCCUGGCUACACAUCAUAUCAAGGAGAACUUUCAGACAAUGUAAAGCCUCAAUAUGAUAAGCCAUCAUCUUCACAAAAUUAUGGGCAAAAUGUUCAGUAUCAACCUUAUGGUGGAUAUCCAUGCAUUCCAAUAAGCUAUGGACAUCGACCUGGUCAUAGACCCGGCUUAGGUGGCGGUAGUCUGUUAGAUGAAGAUGGUAUUUUUGGGGGCGGUGGAGGUUUAUUAGGCAAUAACGGAUUAUUUGGAAGUGGUGGGCUCGGCCUUUUUGGACAAGGUGGAUUAUUAGAUUUUGGUGUUCCAGCACCACUUGCACCAGCAGGUGUCUAUCAAGGAACUGGAAAUUAUCCACAAACAGUGAUAAUAAAUCGUCCACCGUUAUUCGCUAAUCCACCAAAUUUUAACCGUCCAAUUUACUCCAACAAUCCAAGUUAUAACCGUCCAACUUACUCCAACAAUCCGAAUUACAAUCGACCUGGUUAUCAAGACAAUUUUGGUAUAAAUCAACCUGGUUUUUGGGGAACUGUCGUCAACAAACUUCAGGAUUUUGUAAUUAUUGCAGAAAAUUUGCGAGUGUAAGUCAACGCUGUGAACCCACAACAAGUGUUUACGUCAAUUGGUGGAACAUUACAGAAUGUUGCACAAUUUAUUGAGAAUGUUGCUCCUGUUCAAUCAGCAACAAGUUCGAUCCGUCAGGGAUAUAGAGA